AUGUUAUUGAACAAAAUACUCUUUCCAGCACCAAAGCCAGCUCAUUAUACGUUAACAUCGCAUAGCGAGAAUUUAUUUUGGCUACCACCUGAAUCCACUAAUCAAUUACCGAUACCAUGCAUGUUUUAUUCACCGGAUAAUCUACAACGGCAAACUGAAUAUUUUAUGAUAUUUUGCCAUGGAAAUGGCUGCGACAUUGGUACCAUGCAAUACACACUAAGUGAAUUUGCUAAGCAUUUAAAUGUAUAUAUUAUAAGUUUUGAAUAUCCAUCGUAUGGAUUAUGUGAAGCAUCAUCGCCAAAUCAACAAACAAUUAAUAAUCAUGCUGAUCGAACGAUUAAUUUUGUUUGUAAUACUCUUCAAUGGCCAAUCGAAAGAAUCAUUGUCUUUGGACAUUCCAUUGGUAGUGGUUCAGCAUGUUAUCUUGCAUCAAAUAAGCCGAUCGGCGCAUUAAUUUUACAAUCUCCGUAUACAGCUAUUAAUAAUUUAGUAAAAGAAAAAGUUGGAUUUCUUUCUUUGUUUGUUAGUGGUCGCUCAUGGAAUAAUCUUGAGGCAAUGAAAGAUAUAAAAUGUCCGAUACUCUUUAUACAUGGUUCGGAUGAUACGCUUAUACCGCCGAGUCAUUCGCAAAUCCUAUACAAUGCUUGUUCACAUAUCGAUGCAAAAAAAAUAAUUAUACUACGUUAUGAAGAUCAUAAUUCAAUGUCUGAAAUAACUCUUCUGAAAUACGUAAAACCAUUUGUAGAAAAACAAUGUACAGUAACUAAUACAAAUAUUCAUCUACCUAUCGUAAAAAUCGAUGAGGAACUACGUCAGCUACCCGAAAGUUUACCAAAUAAUAACAGGACCGCCACCACCACCACCAGCAGUAGUAGUAGUGGUAGUGGAGUUUUAAACUCUUUAUAUGCAAUUGCAAGAGCUUCAACAACUGCUACUGUUUCUAGUAUACAAAAAGUAUCGGGUAAAAAAAAUGACUCUUCAAAUGAAAACCAAUAA